GGGAACCAAGUCUUUGUUGCCAAUGCAAACAACCUGCAAAAGGGUCCUCCACAACUGCAACAACACAAGUCUCUUCGUUUGAAAUCAUCAAGGGUAUUUGAGAAGUGGGUCUAAUGCCAAAUUGGUUCUGGGUUGCUUCAAUGGGUUGAUGCUUAUUGACAAUGCGCUUGUUCUGGUGGCAACAGUUGCCUCUGCUUAUACUCAUUCAGAUUUUACAACCCAGCAGAACAAGUUACAAAAUAUAUGCUGAAGCUUUACUGACUUUCAAUAGCAGAGUUGAAAGUCCUGAACUCUCCAGUGGUCAGACUGGAAAAUAUCCAUGUCUAAAACAAUGGACAUUACUGAAAUAUUAUAAACUGCAAGACCCUUGUGUUGUUUCUCUCAGCAAAUUUCCUGGUAUCUCUUCAAUUCCCCUGCGGCCUAGCAGAGUCAGCUUAGCACCAUUUGCUCCAAGACAUUUCGUGACACAGUCUUCAAUCAAUGUACAAAAAGAGAUCCAUAAACCCAGAAACAGAAGGAUAGCACACAUAGUUGAUGGGGACAGAAGUGUUCCAACACUCACACCUGUACAAGCAGCUGGUGACAAGAAACCAAAAAAGAAAGUUGCAGCCAUCAUUGGUGGAGUUGCUGCUGCUUUGCUUGUGGUUAUUGUAGUGAUACUUGUUUACAUCUAUUUAAUGCGUGUCAAAAGAGUGGUGAGGAGAACAUCUGAUACAUCAUCUUCUACACCAUCCCCCCAUGUUGAAUGGACAAGAGGGGACACAUCCCCCUACGCGGUUGCUCUAUCUCCAUAUGACACACACAACUUGAGGCAACUGACAAUAUUGGAACUGGAGCAAGCUACUAGCAAUUUCAAUGAAAACAAUAUCAUAGGCCAAGGCAGAUUUGGUUUGGUCUACAAGGGAUUACUCCAAGAUGGAACUAUUGUGGCUAUCAAGAGACGCCUACAUGCUCCAACUCAGUAUUUCUUUCAAGAGGUGAAGCACAUAGCUCGUGUGAACCACGUGCAUAUUCUCAGGCUCAUUGGUUAUUGUCAGGAUUCAAGUCAACAGUUACUUGUCUAUGACUAUCUUCCAAAUGGAAAUGUCGGGAAUCAUCUAUAUGAUGCUGAAGGUUUACCUAUUGGAAAGUUGAAUUUACGGCAAAGGUUAUCGGUUGCUUUGGGAGCAGCCAAAGGACUUGCACAUCUUCAUAGUUUGGUACCUCCCCUCCUGCACAUGAAUUUCAGGACAAGCAAUGUUCUUUUGGAUGAUAACUUUACAGCCAAGGUGUCCGAUUAUGGACUAACCAGACUGCUCAAUAAGGCUCCCUAUACCGGAUCAUCUUCAGCCAUAGACUGCUUUCUUGACCCAGAGUUAGAUUCAUUGAACAAAUUUUCAGAAAGAGGUGAUGUGUACAGUUUUGGUGUCUUCUUACUGGAAUUGAUCAGUGGAUGUGAAGCAAAUGGCAGAUACCAGUUGAAUUCGGGGGAUAAUCUCGUAUUGCAGGCAAAGGAUUGUGAGGAUUUGGAGAGAUUUGUUGAUAAAACAUUAGGAGAAUAUUCAAUGCAAGCUGCAACAAAACAGAUGAUGGAGUUAGCAUUGAUGUGUAUAGAUGCUAGUGAACAAAGACCACACAUGAAGAUUGUUGUUCAAGAGCUCGAACGGAUUCAAGCAAGAGAAACUAGCCAUUUUCAAAUUGAAGUUGAUGAAGAAAUAGGUGCUAUUGCACUUGAGAUUGGUGAUGCAUUAGUGAUCAAGGGAGAUAGAAGCAAAGAGUCACAACUAGUUAUGUUGAAGAACCAGCUCACAGUCUGA